AUGAAGUCCAAAACAAAGUUCCUUUCAAUUCAACACUUAUCACAAAUACUUGCUGCCUUUUCUAUUGAUCCCAAUUCCAAAGAAGCUCAAAUGAUGAAGUCAACUUUGACUCGUUGUGAAGAUCCUUUAAGAUUUAGUCAACACUUUUGUGCACCCUCAAUGGAAGAUAUGGUUGAUUAUGUAUCUUCUGAGUUCAAUCCCUCGGUUGCGAGUAAGGAUCUUCAAGUGCUUAGUGUUAUCGUCACCCUUCCCAUGGAAGGUAGCAACAGGUAUCGCAUAAAUAAAGUUAAGAUUGCCGGGGAAGGAAAGGAUACAAUAAGUUGCCACAAGGCAGAUUUCCCAUAUGGUGCAUUGAUGUGCCACCACCUUGCCGGGGCAACGGCUUAUCAUGUUCAACUCCACAGCCUUGGCAAUGAUAACCUAAAGGUCGACGCUCUUAUGGGCUGCCACCAUGACACCUCCGAUUGGAGUAUGUUGUAUGGUGCCUUUGAAGUUCACUACAAAAAGAGACUCAAUUAA